AUGGAUGUUGAAAAGGUAAGAGAGCUUUUGGAGCAAAAGGAAAAGUAUUUAAGAGAGUUAGCAGUCAAGCUCUCUGGGCAUAUACAAGAAUUAAGUCAAGUCGAUGAAAAAAUUUCGACCUUAACCCUAACAAAUUUAUAACAGAAAUUUCAUGAAAAAAUAAUUAUAUAGGAUUUUGCUAGCAAAUUUUUAUAUUAGCAGAGUUAGAAGAAAAAAUACAGCUAAAAAAUAAAAAGUUAAAACACAAAGAAUCACAAAUUGAACAAGAAAUGAAAGACAAAGAAAUAAUUAUUACUAGAAUCAAAGGCCUUGAAGAGUUAUUAGGAUCUCCAAACGGAUCUCCUUCUCUUACACGAUCAAAAACGUCUUCUAAAGUAAAAACUGCUACCAAUGCAAAUUAUAUCCAGUUUUAUACAAAACUAAAAAAUGAAAUUGAAACAAAUCCUUCUACUACUUCAGAAGCACCUGCAAAAGUAGAAGAAAAAAAGGAUGCUAUUGAAAUAGAAAUGGGAAAUGCAAGCUCUAUUAUCGAAGAGGAAGUUGAUAUAUCAAAAGAGCUUGAAGCAUUAGGCCUUGGAGAUCUUGUUAAAAAAUACAAUAAGUAA